UCGGCUUGACAGAAGGAUAUUAAAAAACCUUUAUAUUUUUUUUUGGUCUAAUGUAAUGGAUUGGUAGAAAAAUAUAUUUGUACGAUUAUUUAAAAAAUAAAGAAUAUUACAUAAAAAAGUAGUAAACUAUAAAAGUAUAUUUAAUUAGUUAUUUUUUUUGUUUAAUUUGUUUUUUUUUACGCAUUUCAAAAUUCAUAAUCGUCACCGAACCAGGGUAGUGUUUUUCAAUGUGCUUCUGUAUGAAACGAAAAAAAUGGUGUAUUAUUUCGUAAUUAUAUUUGACAAAGCAUAAGAAAUCAAAUUACAAAUAUUUUGAUUAAUUAAUAUUAUAAACAAAAACUGUAAUAGUUCAUAAUUUAGUUUUUACAAAACAAAAUUUAAUUUUAACUUUGGUUUUUGGUUCCUUAUAAAUUCAUGUAUUCGCGAAUCGUGAUUAAUAAUUUAAAAAAAAAAAUUGUGUAGAAAUAAACAGGAUUGAAACUUAGAUUUAUUUGAGGACGUUUUGGGGCCUAUAAGAUUAUAAUUAACAGAUUAGUCACUAACAUUUUUAUCAAUAACUAAAAUUAAUAUAAUAUAAUUGCUUAAAUUCUAAUAUUAAGAAAAAUGUCAUAUGACACUCUUGGCACACCUACUUCGCAAAUUGUAAAAGAAGGCUGGUUAUACAAGCGAGGCGAGCAUAUAAAAACAUGGAGAGCAAGAUAUUUCAUAUUAAGAGAUGAUGGUACUCUUAUGGGAUAUAGAAAUGUACCAGUAAACAACACACCAAAUGAACGUUUAAAUAAUUUUACAGUCAAAGGUUGUCAGAUAAUGACUGUAGAUCGACCAAAACCGUAUACAUUUAUAAUUCGUGGCCUACAGUGGACAAAUAUAAUAGAAAGGACAUUUUAUGUUGAAACAGAGUUGGAAAGACAAGAAUGGACUGAUGCUAUACGUGCUAUGGGAGAAGUAGCUAUGUCCCCAUCAACUUCUACCGAUAUAGAUGAUGUGGAUAUGGCAUCUAUCGCUGUUGACGAAUUACCUGAAAAGUGUUCAAUUCAGGGCACAUCUACUGGAAAAUCUACAGGAAAAAAGAAAGUUACCUUGGACGCGUUUGAAUUUUUAAAAGUUUUGGGAAAGGGAACUUUCGGAAAAGUAAUUCUUUGUCGCGAAAAAUCAACAGCAAAGCUAUAUGCAAUUAAAAUUUUGAAAAAAGAAGUAAUUAUAGCUAAAGAUGAAGUCACUCAUACAUUAACAGAAAGCAGGGUUCUCCAAACAACUAAUCAUCCUUUCCUAAUUUCUCUCAAAUAUUCAUUUCAAACUGCUGAUCGUUUAUGUUUUGUUAUGCAAUAUGUCAAUGGCGGGGAACUAUUUUUUCAUUUAAGUCGAGAACGGCAAUUCUCAGAAGAUCGAACACGAUUUUAUGGUGCUGAAAUUAUAUCAGCAUUGGGUUAUUUACAUUCACAAGGAAUUAUUUAUCGCGAUUUGAAAUUGGAAAAUUUAUUACUAGACAAAGACGGACAUAUUAAAAUAGCUGAUUUUGGUUUAUGCAAAGAAGAUAUUCACUAUGGUAGAACGACAAAAACAUUUUGUGGAACACCAGAAUAUUUAGCUCCUGAGGUUUUAGAAGAUAAUGACUAUGGACACGCCGUUGACUGGUGGGGUACUGGUGUAGUUAUGUAUGAAAUGCUUAUUGGUCGUCUUCCAUUUUACAAUCGCGAUCAUGAUGUAUUAUUUAUGUUAAUAUUACUUGAGGAUGUAAGAUUUCCUAAAACAAUUUCAGAAGAAGCAAAGAGUCUUUUGAGUGGCUUGCUGGUCAAAGAUCCUUCUAAAAGACUUGGUGGAGGUCAAGAUGAUGUUAAAGAAAUUCAAGUACAUCCGUUCUUUUCAAGUAUAAAUUGGACGGAUCUAGUACAGAAAAAGAUAACCCCGCCCUUUAAACCUCAAGUUACAUCAGACACUGACACAAGAUAUUUCGAUAGUGAAUUUACAGGAGAAAGCGUUCAGUUAACGCCACCAGAUCAAACAGCCCCUUCUAAUUUAAAUUCUAUUCAAGAAGAACCUAUGUUUCCGCAUUUUAGUUACCAAGAUAUGGCCUCCACGCUUUCGACCUCAGCCCAUAUAAGUACUUCAGCUGGAUUAACAUCAAUGCAAUAGAAUCAACAGAAAUCUUUAGUACAUAUAAAUAUCCUUUUUAUUAUUAUUUUUUAUAUAUUAUAAUUAUAAAAUAUAAACAAUUAAACGUAAAUAUUCCUAUUAAA